AUGCAAGAACAGAUAGUACAGUUUCAACAGUUACAACUCCAAGAAUUACAGAGGAAAAGUCAACCUUCAACAGUAAGUGCAGUUAAACUUCCUAAAUUAGACCUAGUUUCGUACAAUGGAGAAAAGUUAAAAUGGACAGAAUUUUGGGAUUCAUUUGAAGCUGCAGUGCACACAAAUCAAAGCUUGACAAAAAUAGAGAAAUUGAAUUACUUGAAAAGCAAACUUUUUGGAACAGCUAAUUCUGCUAUAUCUGGCUUACCGCUCUCCCAUGAAAAUUACGAUGUAGCAAUUUCAAUACUAAAGGAAAGAUUUGGAAAUGUUCAAUCUGUUGUCAACAAGCACUAUUCAGAUUUAAUAAACCUUCAGUCAGCUUCAAAUCAAACUACACAUCUACGUAGACUUUAUGAUGACUUGGAACGACACUUACGUAGUUUGGACGCAAUGCAUCAAGAUGUAACCCAAGAUGUAUUCAUCUCGAUGAUAACAUCUAAGCUACCAAAGGAAGUUCUUAUUCAACUUGAAAUACAGAAAGGUAACAGUGAAAGAUGGACUGUAGGGAAGUUGAGACAGUUUCUCAAUACUUACAUAACUGCCAGGGAAGCUGCAGAAAGUCAGUCUAAGGAAACACAUACUGGUCCCAGUUCUGAAGAAAAACAGCAGUCUAAAAUCCAGUAA